CUCUGAUUUCCCAUGUAGUAGCCACUGAUGUCAUACAGCGGCCUUGCCACAGGCCAUCAGCCACAGGCAUAACUCGGUUGCCCGUGGACCUAUGCAUUGGCAUCUUUGAAUUUAACACCGUCAUACCCAGACUGUUUUUCUGCUUCUUCUUUGAUGCCUGAAAAUCGAAGGGGUGGGCGCUAGCCACACUUACAAUUCUAUGUCACGAUAGGAAGAGCUUUUCAUAUUUUCCGGAAAGUAUUCGACAUUGACUAUGUCUAAAUCAAUGGAAAACACGCCAGCUCCGGCCCAGAACAUGGUCCAAUUCACGCAGAGGAAAAUAAUGGGUACUUUAUUCGAGACCACAGACAGAUAUCAACAUAUAGAGCCUGUGGGAAUGGGUAUCUCCGGGCUUGUUUGCUCCGCAAGAGACCAAAUCAACCAUAAAACGGUUGCUGUAAAGAAACUAUGCGAACCGUUCAAGACAGACAACAUCGCAAAACACAUCUUUCGCGAGGUCAAACUGCUGAAACAACUCCAGCAUGACAAUAUCAUUCGCUUGAAUGACAUAUUCAUAUCUCCAUCCGAAGAGAUUUAUCUCGUCACCGAUCUCAUAGCGACAGAUCUCCAAACCCUCUUGAAAACCAAGAAGGUCGACAACCAAUUUACGCAAUACUUUUUGUAUCAAAUCAUGCGAGGUCUCAAAUAUGUACAUUCCGCCGGUGUAGUCCAUCGCGACCUCAAGCCAAGCAAUAUUCUGGUCAACGAAAACUGUGAUCUUAAAAUCUGUGACUUUGGGUUAGCUCGCGUGCAAGAAUUGCAAAUGACCGGUUACGUGUCGACUAGAUACUAUCGAGCACCAGAGAUCAUGCUCACGUGGAGACGAUACAACGAGAAAGUCGACAUCUGGAGUGCAGGUUGUAUCUUUGCAGAGAUGAUGAUGGGCCGACCACUCUUCAUGGGGAAGAACCAUAUCGACCAGUUCUGUGUCAUUACGCAGCUUCUGGGAAAUCCGCCAGAGAACGUCGUUGCCAAUGUGACGAGUCAAAGUACCUUGGAUUUUAUCAGGUCCCUUCCAAAGCAGCCUCAAAAAUCUUUGGCUACACUUAUACCUACUGCCAGCAGAAAGGCUAUCAACCUACUGGAGGAACUGCUCCAAUUCGAUCCAGAGAAACGCUGUUCCGCGGUCGACGCUCUGGAAUCCCAAUACCUUGCUCCGUAUCAUGACCCGGAUGACGAGCCUGUGGCUCCUCAGUCAUUUGAUUGGUCAUUCCUGGAAGCAGAUCUUCCAGUCGAUGUCUGGAAGACUCUCAUGUACGCUGAGGUUUUGGGGUAUCAUGAGCAAGCAGGGGGACCUUUUCAAUUGACUGGAGUAUUUGAUGGCAUGGACCUGGGUUGA